AUGCCGAAGCAAGAAUUCGAAACUUUGGACUACCUGGGUCCGAUUGCUGUCGGUAUCGCCUUUACUAUCAUGCUCUUUGUGAUCUCGUUCUUCGGCAUCAACUUCUUUUGCAUUCUGAAGCACGAUGAUGUGACUGCCUUUGAGAGGAUGGGUGCUCGCUACAACAUGCGCCUUGGCCCCCACCGUAUGUCCGUCGUCAAGCAGGGACUCGCCUACGAAGAGGGCCGCGAGUACGACUCCGAGUCUUCG